AUGGCUUUUAGAAUCAUCGGAUCCUCCGUCUCAAUACGACGGCGUUUACCGUUCGUCGGUGCGUUCUGCGUGCUAAGCUUGGGUUUCUCAACUCUCUCCUUCUCUUCGUCUUCCUUCAGACCAGGUUGUGCUCAGUCGUUUUCGUUUGUCCCUCUCUUAAGUAAGGCUUCUUCAUCGAUCAGAAUGGAGGAGAGCAGCAAAACUGUGCCCAGCAUUGUUGUCUAUGUCACUGUUCCUAACAGAGAAGCAGGAAAGAAGUUGGCUAACAGCAUAGUCCAAGAAAAGCUUGCAGCGUGUGUGAACAUUGUGCCAGGUAUCGAAUCGGUGUACGAGUGGGAGGGAAAAGUUCAGAGUGAUUCCGAGGAGCUUCUGAUAAUCAAAACAAGGCAGUCCCUUCUAGAGUCUCUGACCGAGCACGUCAAUGCAAACCACGAAUACGAAAGUAAUUGCAUUGCCCAUAACUGGUGGGAGCGACAAGUAUCUAGAGUGGUUGAAAAACAGUACAAGGAACUGAGAUCUCGUAGCUGUCCAGCAUCAAUGGCGUUUGGAGUAAUGGUUUCUUAUACCUUUCAAGUUUACUUAAUGGAAUAA